UACCUCUUCCACUAACACCAAGAAAACAAACGGCUCUGUUCUCUCUCUUGCCAAGAAAAUUUUGAACCCACCUCGGGAACAUCUUCUCAACUUUACAAAAGACAAUGAUCUCUUCAGUUAAACCAACUCCAUCAUCCUUCUCCGCCACCUCCACCGGCGUCAGACGGUCAUUUCCGACGAAGCUCCAGUUUUCUCCUUUACACGUAAUCAGAAGCUGCCAUAACCAAAUCUUCAUAAACUCCAACGUCUCCUAUCAAAAGCCUCUCCACAUUUCAUCUACCCAGAACUUUUCUAGCUUCAAGCGUGAGGUCAGAGUCGAAGCCUACGAGGCAGAUCGGUCUCGUCCCCUCGACAUCAACAUCGAGCUUCCAGACGAACAAUCAGCGCAGAAGCUGAAAAUAGGAAUCUACUUCGCGACUUGGUGGGCACUCAACGUUGUCUUCAACAUCUACAACAAGAAAGUCCUCAACGCUUUUCCUUACCCGUGGCUAACUUCGACCUUGUCUCUCGCUUGUGGCUCUCUCAUGAUGCUCGUUUCUUGGGCCACUAGAAUCGCCGAAGCUCCUAAAACUGAUCUCGAUUUCUGGAAAACUCUGUUCCCGGUCGCUGUGGCGCACACAAUCGGACAUGUGGCAGCAACAGUGAGUAUGUCGAAAGUAGCAGUUUCCUUCACACACAUCAUCAAAAGUGGUGAACCAGCUUUCAGUGUCUUGGUCUCAAGAUUCUUCUUGGGAGAGACUUUCCCUCUUCCAGUUUAUCUCUCUCUCUUACCCAUCAUCGGAGGCUGCGCUCUUGCCGCAGUCACCGAGCUUAACUUCAACAUGAUUGGGUUUAUGGGAGCGAUGAUAUCGAAUUUAGCAUUUGUGUUUCGGAACAUAUUUUCAAAGAAAGGGAUGAAAGGGAAGUCCGUGAGCGGAAUGAAUUACUACGCUUGCUUAUCGAUGAUGUCUCUUUUGAUCCUCACACCAUUUGCAGUAGCUGUAGAAGGUCCUAAAAUGUGGGCUGCUGGUUGGGAAAACGCAGUUUCUCAAAUCGGACCAAACUUUGUCUGGUGGGUAGUGGCACAGAGUGUGUUCUACCAUUUGUAUAAUCAAGUCUCAUACAUGUCCUUAGACCAGAUUUCACCGUUGACAUUCAGUAUCGGUAAUACGAUGAAGAGGAUCUCUGUCAUUGUUGCUUCAAUCAUCAUUUUCCAUACCCCCGUUCAACCAGUUAAUGCACUCGGUGCUGCCAUUGCCAUUCUAGGAACUUUCCUGUACUCACAGGCUAAGAUGUAAGGAUGGUUUCGGACGAGUAGCCGUAGAGGAUUUUGAUAAGAACUAGUAACAACAUCGAAAAGUGUUUCCUUGUCUCAAUGGAUAUGAAAAAAAAACUGGAGUUUUCAUUCGAGUAUUUGUUUCACUUUCUUUAUAUUGUGUGUAUCAUGUUACACUCUGUAUAAGACCAGGUAGAUAUUCUAUAAUAUCAUAGUAUAAUUCUUUCUCUUUUGUGUCUUUUUUUUGGGGUGAUGCUAAUAAAACAAAUCAGAGUAGCUUUGUUGAA